AUGGCUUCAAACGUGCUGCAGCAGCUCUGCAUGGGGGUAACCUUCCAAAAGCAGCCUAGAGUUUCCCGAGAUCGCAUCGAAAAGCUCGCCGCGGCCCCCUCGAGUUUACCCUCUACGAAGUUGAAGGGGAAACCAGAGAAAGUUCAGAACAGGAUCCGGACACACCACGGCAUCGGCGUCUGGGCUGAUGACAUCCCAGCAGUGGUCACUGAUUUCGAACAGCUUGAAACAAGGUACCAAUGUAGCAAACAGCUUGUGAGCAACAUCGUUGCCUGCGGUUACGAGACACCGACCCCGGUGCAGAUGAUCACGAUACCGGCGAUGCUGGAGCGCCGUGAGGUACUGGUCAGCGCACCAACAGGUUCGGGGAAAACAGCUGCUUUUGUCAUACCGUUGGUGCACCUCCUGGGGGAGCCGUCGACCGAUGGUUUUCGAGCCGUUGUGGUUUGUCCCACCCGAGAACUUGCCAAACAAACAUACCGAGAAGUUGUCAGGCUCGCUGAGGGCACUGGACUCCGGACGUAUGUGUUGACGAAGACAUCGAACGCCCAGAAACGGUUCUCUUCAGAUAUGGCUAAGAGUCUGGACAUCAUGGUGACAACACCCAACCGACUCGUGUGGCUGCUCAAGGAAACAAAACUGACCCUGGGACGUGUUCAACACCUGAUCAUUGACGAGAGCGAUCGCUUAUUCGAGGCUGGAAAGAGUGGCUUCCGCGAUCAACUGGUGAAGAUCUAUGAGGCUUGUGACUCGUCGAAACUGAAGCGAGCAAUGUUCUCUGCGACGUCGAGUAAAGACCUGGAUAAGUGGUGCCGAUUGCAUCUCGACUCCGUCGUCAUCGUAGCGGUGGGCGCGAAGAACUCGGCGACGAAACAAGUCGAUCAGAAGCUCUUGUUCGUCGGCACUGAAAACGGCAAACUCUUCCAGAUUAGACAGAUACUCCGAGCCGGGGUGCGGCCGCCUGUUCUAGUAUUUGUCGAGUCGAAGGCGGCGGCCAAAGAAUUGUACAGUCAUCUCGUGCUGGAUGGACUGAACGUCGACGUCAUCCAUUCUGACCGGACGAUUUCGGAUCGUGAUUCGAUAAUGGAACAGUUUCGCCUCGGCAAGAUUUGGAUUCUCAUCUGCACUGAACUCAUGGGACGCGGAAUAGACUUCAAAGGCGUGCAGCUCGUCAUAAACUACGAUUUUCCUCAAAGCGCCGCCUCCUACAUUCACCGUAUCGGUAGAACUGGCAGAGCUGGCCGGAGCGGAGAGGCCAUCACUUUCUUCAUGGAAAGCGACGCGCCGAAAUUGCGUGAAAUAGUUCAGAUAAUACGCAAGGCUGGCUGCGAUGUUCCAGAUUACAUGCUGAAAUUAAGAACGAAGCAUCUCAAAAACAAAUUACAACCGAAGGCGAAGACGAAGCUGAAGGAAAAAACUAUCGAGACCGACCGCAGCGCGAAACUGAAGCGCCUGAAAACGAGCAAGAUAGGACUGAAAGGCUCGAAGAAAAUGGAGCAGAAGAAGUCGAAGGCAACGCUCAAGAAGGACCGGAAUCCUGGAACUAAUUCCGACAAGCAAUAA